CUGCUGGAGCAGAAGGAGCGUCUGGGCCUGCAGGUGCAGCAGAUGACGCUGGACGGAAAAAUGCAGCAGCAGAAGUGCACCAUGAUCCAGAGCCAGAGCCGGGAGCUGCAGGCCGAGCGCGACCAGGCCUACCUGUCCAGAGACGAGGCCCAGUCCACCAUCGCCCGCAUCCUGGCAGAGAAGGACGCCCUGAGGAGCCAGAUGGUGGAGCUGCAGGAGUCGGCCUUCAGCCUGCGGGCCAGAGCCGGCCGCCCCCCCGGCCCCGAGGAGAAGGAGGCGUGGGACAGCCUGGGGUCUGGAGCCGAGAGGAGCCCGCCCCCCCGACGCAGGCUCUGCCGCAUGGACGCGCUCAACCCGGUCUCCUUCACCCCCUGUACAGAGUGUGAGGACCCCUCGGCGAGCAGCGUCCGGUCCAGGAACGCCCAGCCGCCCAGCCCCGAGUCUCUACGCAGACGGGAGGAGGUCCUGUACGCGGACGGCAGGACCUCGGCCCCCCCCUUCCUGGUGCGCUCCCGGCCCAAAGCCAUCCGGCUGAACGGGCGCGUGCUCAGCAUCUCCUUCCAGGGCGAGGCGCUGCUCGGCCAGAUGGCCGUCGUCGGGGGCAACAGGACGGGCGUGUUCGUGCACCGCGUGACGGAGGGCAGCGCCGCCCACAGCGUGGGCAUCAGCGCCGGGGCGCAGAUCGUGGAGGCCGAGUGGCACGCCAGCCAGGUGCACCCCCACCAGCUGCUGGACCUGCAGGGGGGCAGCGUGCCCAACUACUACAGAAAUGAGCUUUCAAACAAAGAAGUGUCAAAAGGCCGGGCGGGAGGUGCCCCCCCCCCCCGAGGGAAGGCCGUGAGGAUCGUCAGCACCGGGCAGCAGGGCAGGAACCCGCUGUGGUGCUGCGUGAGCCUGAUGCCCUACACGCUGGUGACCCCCCACCACCCGCCCAUCUGCCGGCCCGUGCUGCUGCUGCCCUCCGUGCUAGGACGCAUCCUGGACAACAAGAUGGCCGACUGGCAGGGCUUCCAGCUGUGCGAACCC